GUUGGCUACGCCCACACUACAACCUGUCUUCCAUUAGACAGUAACGUCGAGGGCACAGUAGGGAGCCAGCCAAAGGGGAGGAGGGCGGCUCCUACACCUUCCUCUCACCACGACACAUCAGCACUUGACACAAGGAGGCUCCACACCACGCCUUCAGUCCCAGUUACAGCAGCCCAAGGAGGGGAGGGCAGUUAUCUGGGGCACUCAGCACACCCAUGUGCUUGGCUAGAUCAUGGAGCUGCCCUGUCUUCCCACUGAGUCCCCCACCACAGCCAGCUCCUGCUCCAUGGACCCCCUGUACGACAACUGCCCACCUUUCGCCCAGCGAGGGAGGGCCAGGGUGAAGGAAAUGGAGAGUAGGGUUGUGUGCCCGGCUGUAACCAGACUCCCAGGCCCUUGCAGCCCUUUGGCCGGACUGUCCCCAGCUGUGGCUGUGGUUCCCACACUGGACGGUGGGGGAAGAGCGCCUGGCGCCUGGCCAGAUCAUAGCUACUGCAGCUGGGGAGGGGGCCGGGGGAGACAGGGCUGGGAAGCAGAGCUGGAUCAGGGCAUAAACAGAGGAAGAGGAGGAGGAGAGAGAAGGGGCGAGCAGGGAGGCUGUGGGGAGGACAGAGCCCAUCUCUACCAGAGCCCCAAUCCAUCACAGAGUGAGCAGCACAGGAGUGCUCUGUCUCUGUAUGAUAACCUGCCUGACGCUGUCACCCCUGAAAGCCUCCAGGAGGUCUUUGAGACAGAGACAAGUUUCCAGGAGCAGAUGUAUCGGGCAUGGGCCCCUGAGCACAUGCAGGGACUGAUGGAGGCUGAGGGAGUGAGUGAAGAGAAGAGCCCCUGGUCCUCCUGUGAGAUCAUCCUCCCUGAGAGCGGUUCCAUCAACCAGGACCAGAAUCCAGACCAAGACAAGAAGCGUGAGCAGGAGCCAGAGCUGGACUCAGGAUCCUGUGGAUUUCAGCAGGCCGACCUCCAGCUCCCAUCGUCACCUCACGUCCUGACAGGCAGCUCCCCUCAGCUGUGUCCCACUGAGUGCCAGGCCCUGUGGCCCCCAGAGCAGCCGGCCUGGUCUCCCAGGGUGCCCCCUCCCAUACCCCAGGCUGACCCGUGUGCCAGCGCCCUCCGCAGCCUCCUCACCAGCCUCCAACAGCAGAUCGUCCGGCAGAGGGAGGAGUACGAGGAAAGAAUAAUCAGUGAAGGGCAACCCAAUGUUCCCAGGCCCAGAGAGCGUGUGUCCACUCAGCUGUGCUGCUCCGGUCACUGAGUCGACCCCGAGCUUCACCCUGUAUCCUGUUUAGUUCCCACGGCGCCAACAGCUGCUUUCUUUACAUCUCCCAAAGACAUAUUUACACCUAACAUUUUUUAUCAAGCACUCGGAUGUAUUAUAUUUGCUGCUGGUGUAUGUAUGCAUGUUUUUCUGUGUAUUUUCCAAGAUAAACGAAUUGCGUUGGUAAAUAGCUGGAGAAGAUUGGUUUUAACAAUCUAACCGUACAAAUGGAAACAGCUCAAGGCGUCGGAAAGAGAGCUAAUUUAAGGUUGUUUCCCUGGACCGAACACAUAACUCACUCAGGAUAUUUUUACCUUAUAGCUACCUCCAUCAAGGAGGUAAUGUUUUCACCCGUCUGUUUAUUUGUUUGGAUCACCAUGACACUUGGUCUAAGGAAGUUGCAUGGGUCGGGGAAGAAUCCAUUAAAUAUUAAUUCAGGGGGUGAAUCCAGGGAUUUUAUCACUUUCUUUAAAAUUGCGAGAUGAAGAAACACCUUCACCUUUUGGGAUUUCAGUUGUGGAAUUGUUUGUGUAAUCUGGUGCAGCUCGAUAAUGGACGUAUGCACUCAUCUGAGUCACUCUAGUAAAAUAAAUCUAAUUGUACAUUCUAACCCAAACUUAAGUCACCCAUUCUGCCUACUUAAAUGUCAAGUAACCCACCGACAUAUGAACCAGUAACCUUUCCUGUCUU